CGGGUUCACAAAAGAUGGGACGUGUUGAGCACCUUGAUAUUGCUGACCAGCUUGGUGCUGACCCAGAGAGAGUGGAGCAGGCACAGAAGGUACUGGAGCACAUAUAUGUGGAGAUGAAGGCGGGGGACAUACUGUUCUUCCAUUGUAACCUCCUUCACACCUCCGACCAGAACAGCUCUGAUAAUCGUCGCUGGGUCUUCAUUGUGGCAUUCAACAAGCGUUCCAACAACCCUUACAAGCAACACCACCACCCACAGUACACUCCACUCAAGAAGGUUGAGGACUCAGCUUUACUGCAGUGUGAGGUAGUGGAGGACCUUGAUGACAAGUGGUUCAUGAAACCAGAGGAAGAUCACUCAGUCACGCGCAAACUCCGCUGAGGACAACAUUCAUCUCUACCUCCAGCUUCCCAAACCUCUCUACCACCUUCACGGCAUCCAUUACUACCUCCAUCAGUCGGAGGCACUACACCACCACCGUCACCACCACUUCCAUCAUCACCACCACCAACACCUCUUCCUCAAAUGCACAGCCUUCACGUCCUCUCCCUUCACUCCACCUUCACCUCCUCUACACUCCAUCAUCCCUAUAACUAAGCCAGUAUUGAUCCAUCCAUAGCAUCAACAAAUUGCCAAUACAUAGGAGUUACCCACAUGUAAACCUUUCUAUAUUUAUGUUCUACAGAAUAUAAUGAAAAUAAUAGAGAAAACAUGUAACAUAUAUACCACAGGAUUUAUUUUGAUGAAAGUAUUUGUUUUUUCGGGUCACCUUGCCUCGGUGGCAGACCACCAGCCUGUUAAAUAUAUAUGAAAACUCUAAUGUACAGUGUAAGCAGCAGUGUGGUGUGUCAUGGUCAGUCAUAACCUUGUGUCAUAAACGAUAACAAUAAUAUAGUGUAAGCAGCAGUGUGGUGUGUCAUGGUCAGUAAUAACCUGGUGUCAUACACGAUAACAAUAAUGUAUGGUGUAAGCAGCAGUGUGGUGUGUCAUGGUCAGUAAUAACCUUGUGUCAUACACGAUAACAAUAAUGUAUGGUGUAAGCAGCAGUGUGGUGUCAUGGUCAGUAAUAACCUUGUGUCAUACACGAUAACAAUAAUGUAUGGUGUAAGCAGCAGUGUGGUGUGUCAUGGUCAGUCAUAACCUAGUGUAAUACUUUAUAACAAUAAUGUAUGGUGUAAGCAGCAGUGUGAUGUGUCAUGGUCAGUAAUAACCUGGUGUCAUAAAUGAUAACAAUAAUGUAUGGUGUAAGCAGCAGUGUGGUGUGUCAUGGUCAGUCAUAACCUGGUGUCAUACAUGAUAACAAUAAUGUAUGGUGUAAGCAGCAGUGUGGUGUCAUGGUCAGUAAUAACCUGGUGUCAUACACGAUAACAAUAAUGUAUGAUGUAAGCAGCAGUGUGGUGUCAUGGUCAGUAAUAACCUGGUGUCAUACACGAUAACAAUAAUGUAUGAUGUAAGCAGCAGUGUGGUGUUCAUGGUCAGUCAUAACCUGGUGUCAUACACUGAUAACAAUAAUGUAUGGUGUAAGCAGCAGUGUGAUGUGUCAUGGUCAGUCAUAACCUGGUGUCAUACACGAUAACAAUAAUGUAUGGUGUAAGCAGCAGUGUGGUGUCAUGGUCAGUCAUAACCUGGUGUCAUACACGAUAACAAUAAUGUAUGGUGUAAGCAGCAGUGUGAUGUGUCAUGGUCAGUCAUAACCUGGUGUCAUACACGAUAACAAUAAUGUAUGGUGUAAGCAGCAGUGUGAUGUGUCAUGGUCAGUCAUAACCUGGUGUCAUACACGAUAACAAUAAUGGCCUCCUACUUAAUGCUUAUCUUACUUUUUUAAAGCUUCUUUUCCACUUUUUUUAAUAAUGUUUAUUGUAUUUCUGGACGUUGGUUGCACAAUAAACAGUUUUGUUUUA